AUGGCCCCUCCAGCCAUCAGAGUACCGGGGAAGCUUGAGGCUGGCGCGCCAACAGCCACUCUCGCUACUCCGACCCCAACUCAAUGGGCGACGACGACCCUCAAAGUCGGAGGCAUGACGUGUGGCGCAUGUACUUCCGCAGUAGAGUCGGGCUUCAAGGGCGUUGACGGCGUGGGAAGUGUUUCCGUCAGUCUCGUCAUGGAGCGCGCAGUCAUUAUGCACAACCCCGAAGCCAUCUCUGCUGAGAGGAUUGCCGAGAUUAUUGAGGACCGCGGUUUCGACGCCGAAGUCUUGUCCACCGACCUGCCCUCACCCAUGUUCCCAACACACCAGGACCUGUUCGAUGCCGAGGAGGAGAGCGGGUUCAUGACAACCACUAUUGCUGUGGAAGGAAUGACGUGCGGCGCAUGCACAUCUGCUGUCGAGGGAGGCUUCAAAGACAUCCCGGGCGUCAAGAACUUCAGCAUCUCUCUGCUGUCUGAAAGGGCAGUCAUUGAGCACGAUCCGGAACUGCUCACUGCCGAGCAAAUUGCCGAAAUCAUCGAGGACCGAGGCUUUGGCGCCGAGAUCAUAGACAGCGAAACCACCCAGCAGGAGAAGCCCAGGGCCAGCAGCAACCCCACAAGCUCCGUCGCCACAACAACAGUUUCCAUCGAGGGCAUGACCUGCGGCGCUUGUACGUCAGCCGUCGAAGGAGGAUUCAAGGAGCUGGAGGGUGUCCUGCGCUUCAACAUCAGCUUGUUGGCCGAGCGCGCUGUCAUCACUCACGACACGACCAAGCUGCCAGCAGAAAAGAUUGCCGAGAUCAUCGAGGAUAGGGGCUUUGGCGCGGAAAUCCUGUCAACCGCGCUCGAGGCGUCCACACAGGGCAAUGGCGCUUCUUCCACUGCCCAAUUCAAGAUUUACGGCAAUCCCGACGCCAGCAGUGCCUCGGCGCUAGAAGCAAAGCUCAUGACCAUCCCCGGCAUCAACUCUGCCAAACUCAGCUUGGCCACCUCGAGACUCACCGUCGUUCACCAGCCCACCCUCAUCGGACUGCGGGGAAUCGUCGAGGCUGUUGAGGCCGAGGGCCUUAAUGCAUUGGUUUCCGAUAACGAUGACAAUAACGCGCAGCUUGAGUCGCUCGCCAAGACUCGAGAAAUCAACGAGUGGCGGAGAGCCUUCAAGCUGUCCCUGACCUUCGCCAUUCCCGUCUUUCUCAUCAGCAUGGCUCUGCCCAUGGUCCUUCCCGCCUUGGACUUCGGCAGCUGGGAGCUUCUUCCCGGUAUUUUCUUCGGCGACUUGAUCUGCAUGGGUCUCACAAUCCCCGUUCAAUUCGGCAUUGGAAAGCGUUUCUACAUUUCGGGCUGGAAAUCCAUCAAGCACGGAUCGCCAACUAUGGACGUCCUCGUCAUCCUCGGUACCUCGUGCGCCUUCUUCUUCAGCAUCAUCGCCAUGCUGGUGUCUUUCCUCUUCCCGCCGCACACAAGGCCGGCGACAAUCUUCGAAACCAGCACUAUGCUCAUCACCUUUGUCACUCUCGGCAGAUUCUUGGAGAACCGCGCCAAGGGCCAGACUUCCAAGGCCCUCUCGCGCCUCAUGUCUCUGGCUCCGUCGAUGGCCACCAUCUAUGCCGAUCCCAUCGCUGCCGAGAAAGCCGCAGAGGGUUGGGAGAACGCCGCGGUCUCCGGUGAGCCCAAGACUCCCAACCGCGACGGAAACGCAGCAGAGGAGAAGGUCAUCCCUACUGAGCUCCUUCAAGUCGGAGAUGUCGUCAUCCUUCGUCCUGGCGACAAGAUCCCGGCAGACGGUGUGCUGGUCCGCGGUGAAACAUACAUCGAUGAGAGUAUGGUGACGGGCGAGGCCAUGCCCGUUCAGAAAAAGAAGGGAAGCUACCUGAUCGGCGGCACCGUCAACGGUCACGGCCGUGUCGACUUCCGCGUCACCAGGGCCGGCCGCGACACGCAGCUCAGCCAGAUUGUCAAGCUUGUCCAGGACGCCCAGACUACCCGUGCCCCUAUCCAGCGUCUUGCCGACACGCUUGCCGGUUACUUUGUCCCGGCCAUUCUCAUCCUCGGUUUCAUGACGUUCCUCGUCUGGAUGAUCCUCAGCCACGUGCUCGCGAACCCACCAAAGAUCUUCACUGAAGCAGCUAGUGGCGGUAAGAUCAUGGUGUGCGUCAAGCUGUGUAUCUCUGUCAUCGUCUUUGCCUGUCCCUGCGCGCUUGGCCUGGCAACCCCGACCGCCGUCAUGGUGGGUACGGGUAUAGGCGCCGAGAACGGAAUUCUGGUCAAGGGCGGAGCUGCUCUGGAGACGACAACGAGAAUCACCCAGAUCGUCCUCGACAAGACCGGCACCAUCACGUACGGCAAAAUGACCGUGGCCAAGAUGAGCCUUGUCUCCGCCUGGCAAGACAUCGAGUGGCAGCGCCGGCUGUGGUGGCACAUUGUCGGGCUCGCCGAGAUGGGUAGCGAGCACCCGGUAGGCAAAGCCGUGCUGAAUGCCGCCAAGGCCGAGCUUGGCAUCGAUGAAGAGGCCACCAUCGAGGGCAGCGUCGGCGAGUUCAAGGCCGUCGUCGGCAAAGGUAUCAACGCUCUCGUCGAGCCGGCCACAGGCAACGACCGCACCCGCUACCGCGUCCUCCUUGGCAACGUCCGUUUCCUCCGCGAAAACAAUGUCAAUGUCCCCGCCGAGGCGGUCGAUGCUUCUGAGCAGCUGAAUGCCAAAGCCAACUCCAGCGCCAAGAAGACCUCGGCAGGCACCACCAACAUUUUUGUUGCCAUCGACGGUCAGUACAGCGGUCAUCUCUGUCUCUCUGACACCAUCAAGGAAGGCGCGGCCGCGGCCAUCGCUGUCCUCCACCGCAUGAAGAUCAAGACGGCUAUCGUCACCGGCGACCAACGCUCCACCGCAGUCGCUGUGGCGGCUGCUGUCGGCAUUCCAUCCGAAAACGUCUACGCCGGUGUCUCGCCCGACCAGAAGCAGGCCAUUGUCCAGCAGCUUCAGGACCAAGGCGAGGUCGUCGGCAUGGUCGGUGACGGCAUCAACGACUCUCCUGCUCUCGCGACCGCUGACGUCGGUAUUGCCAUGGCCAGCGGCACGGACGUCGCCAUGGAGGCGGCCGACGUAGUCCUCAUGCGCCCCACCGACCUCAUGGACAUCCCCGCCGCCCUCCACCUUGCCCGCUCCAUCUUCAACCGCAUCAAGCUCAACCUCGCCUGGGCUUGCCUGUACAACGCCAUCGGCCUGCCUUUCGCCAUGGGUGUCUUCCUCCCCUUCGGCCUCCACCUCCACCCCAUGGCUGCCGGUGCCGCCAUGGCCUGCAGCAGUGUCAGCGUCGUCGUGAGCAGUCUCAUGCUCAAGUUCUGGACCCGCCCGAGCUACAUGAGGGACCCCUCGGCCGGCACCCAGAGCCGCGGCUUCGGCCUCCUCGAUAGGGUCAAAUACGUCGUUCGCAAGCUCCGUGGCAGGCGAACACAAGACCAGGGCUACGUCCCGCUCGCCAACAUGGCGGACCGGGAUGAGUAA